CACUCGCGCGCGCGCAUCCUCCCGCCAGCCUGCCUGUCCGCUCGCCGGCGCCUGGAGCCCGUUCUGGCCGGAGUGAGAGAGAGAGCCAGGCUGCUGAUGACUCCGAGGGAGGGGCCCUGGACAUGUGCUGCAGUGAGAGGCUGUCGGGUCUCCCCCAGCCGGUAGAGAUGGAAGCACUGGACGAGGCCGAAGGGCUCCCCAGCAAGCAGAGGGAGAUGCCACCACCCCCGCCACCCUCCCCGCCCUCUGAGCCAGCUCAGAAGCUGCCACCUCAAGGCUCCAGGAACCACUCCCUCGCUGUCAGAAGCAGCCUGUGCCUGUUCGUUGCCUCUCAGUUCCUGCUCGCCUGUGGGGUGCUCUGGCUCAGUGGCCAUGGCCACUCCUGGCUGCAGAACACCACAGACCUCAUCUCCUCCUCGUUCACACUGUUGAACCAUCUGGGACCUGUGGCCUGGCUGGGUUCUGGGACCUGGGGGAUCCCGAGUCUGCUGCUGGUCUCUCUAACUGUGGGCCUGGUCAUCAUCACCACCCUGGUGUGGCACCUCCUCAAGGCACCCACAGAGCCACCUACUCCACUGCCCCCAGAGGACAGGCGCCAAUCCGUGAGCCGCCAACCCUCCUUCACCUAUUCGGAGUGGAUGGAGGACAAGAUAGAAGAUGACUUCCUGGACCUGGACGCGGUGCCUGAGACACCUGUGUUUGACUGUGUGAUGGACAUCAAGCCUGAGACUGAUCCCACCUCAUUGACUGUCAAGUCCAUGGGUCUGCAGGAGAGGAGGGGCUCCAAUGUCUCCUUGACCCUGGACAUGUGUACCCCUGGCUGCAAUGAGGAGGGCUUCGGCUACCUGGUGUCCCCACGAGAGGAGUCAGCCCAUGAGUACCUGCUCAGUGCCUCCCGCGUCCUCCGGGCAGAAGAGCUGCACGAAAAGGCCCUGGAUCCCUUUCUGUUGCAGGCAGAAUUCUUUGAAAUUCCCAUGAACUUUGUGGAUCCAAAAGAAUAUGACAUCCCAGGGCUGGUUCGGAAGAAUCGGUACAGAACCAUCCUUCCCAAUCCUCACAGCAGAGUGUGCCUGACUUCACCAGACCCUGAAGAUCCUCUGAGUUCUUACAUCAACGCCAACUACAUUCGGGGCUACAGUGGGAAGGAGAAAGUGUACAUCGCCACACAGGGACCCAUCGUCAGCACUGUGGCGGACUUCUGGCGCAUGGUGUGGCAGGAGCACACACCCAUCAUUGUCAUGAUCACCAACAUCGAGGAGAUGAACGAGAAGUGCACGGAAUACUGGCCAGAAGAGCAGGUAGUCCACGAUGGCGUGGAGAUCACCAUACAGAAAGUCAUCCACACUGAGGACUAUCGACUGCGACUCAUCUCCCUCAGGGUGAGGCCUGGAGCUAGACAGGGCAGGGCUGGCUGCGAAGCUUAAUUGGGACCACCAACUGAAAAAAGUACUCAGAGGCCUACUAAUAGGUGAUGCCUAGGCCUAUGUCACACCCAGGAUUCACUGGUAAGCAGGGUGAAUAGACUUGGACACUAGGGUCAAGACAGAGCCCUGGCUGCAUUUUCCAAACCUUAUUUUCAUGUGCCAUCAAGCUCUUCUGUGCACUGCUGCUCACAACAGUUCUAGCUCUUCUCCACAACCUCUCAAGGCCAGGACUGUCCUGGUGAGGAGGCUUCAAGUGCUUCUAGCAUUGUCCUUAUCAUGACGGAAGGUUCUUUAUGACUUUGAGUGCCAGUAAUGGCCCUUCCAUUAGGGUUCUGUCUUCUGGUCUGAUGUGCCCUAUAUAUCCACCACCAGAGGGCAGACACUCCCUGCUGCUUUAGGGCACACAAUUAUGCUUACAGGAAAUGGCAGGAAAAGGGAAAACACAUAAAAUAUGAGCAACACAGAGCAGCCCAGAAGAGAGGGGGAAGAUGCCCCUCCUACCCAAAAGUUGCACUUCUCCCAGGAUAAGCAGAAGAGAGACUGCUCCUUUGGGGGCAAUAGAAGGUUCUGGUUUGGAGAGGUGAUAAGGUGUGUGUGUGUGUGUGUGUGUGUGUGUGUGUGUGUGUGUGUGUGUGUGUGUGUGUUGGAAGGUGAUCACCAGAAAGGUAGAGAAGUUAAGUGGGGCACCAGGAAGCUGAUGCUCUGUUCAGAAACAGCCUAGAAAGGUCACUGAUGCUGAUAGCUACGGGGUCCAGCCACAGAAAGGAGCUCAGGGCCUGAUAUUUGCCCCUCUGAGCUGUCCUGUUUCCUGCUAGAUGCAGAACUGGGCAAGAUACCAGGGUACCUGAGCCCCUAGAGGACAGUAUCCAUAUGAGCAUCUAACACCAAGAUUAACUGGAAACACUGAAGGCCAGGAAGUAAGGGGCAGGUGCUGCGGUCACUGUCACAGCCAUGCAACCCAAGAACAUGAGGAACCAGCUUCCAAGUAGAAAGAGGCUGGGGUGUGGGGCUGCUCAUCUCAGUGCUAUGGGAGCAGCUAGGGAAGAAUGAGGGUGUCUUGGGUUUUAAGGGUGUUCACAAGCACCUGCUGUGGGUGUGGUUCUGGCCUGGGUAUGGGGGACAGAGCUGUGUUCUGGACUCCUUCUUCAAGGAGCACCCAUAGGAUGGUAAAUACCAACUAGUGACAGGCAAGGAUACAGAAGGGCACCCUGUCAUAUGGAAUGCUCUGGGAAUGCUUACCGGAAGGGCUGUAUGGGAUCUUGGAGGAUUGGUAAGGGGUAAGCAGGAGCAAACAAGUGGGAAGGCUUUCCUAGUGUGCAGAAGGAGCAGCUGUGGGUGCAAGCACACAUGUGUGCCCACUUCCUAUAUCAUGUCCUCCCACAGCAGAAAAGAUGAUGGAGUGAGGAAUCUCUCCAGGGUCUCUAAUCUAAGGGCAUGGAUCACAUUUGAAGGUGUGCACUCCUGACCCACAGGCCUCACCUUCAGAUUCCCACCCAGUGGAAAUGAGCUUUCCACAUAUGAAGUUGGGGGACAGGAAGCCACACUUUCAGUCUGUAGUGAAGGGUUUCUGGGUUUGGUAUAGGGUUAGGUUUCCAGUCCUAGAGAUUUAACCCAGGUUCUCACACUAGGCCAGAACUCUCUCACUGAGCUACAUCCCCAGCCCUUUUUAUUGUUUUGUUUGUUUUGAGACAGCCUCACUAAGUUUCCCAGACUGACCUGGACCUACUCUGUAGAUCAUGCAGGCCUUAAUUUUCCUGCUUCAGGCUUCCAGGUAGCUGGGAUUACAGGCCUGCACCAUCAGGCCCAGCCAGCAAAAGGUCUUAAACAAGUGCAGUGUAUCCAGAUUUGUGCUAGGGAGAGACCAUUUUGAUACUAUGGGUCUUUGAUAGUUGGGGAGGAAUAGGGUAGGGUCGUCCCAAAGUGGGACAGUAGAGCAGAGAGGAGACUGGCAGCACAUACUGAGGACAGCAGGAUGGGCAGGCAGAGCAUAGUGCCUGUGCUCUGGGCCAUGUGACCAAGGGGUGCCUGGAACAUCUGUCCGAAUAAGCAAUUUCCAGAUAGUAAUGAAUUGGAGAAAAGACUCUUUGCCUUUCUUGGAUGAUUUUAGAGUUUAGAGGCCAAUGUCUCUCUCUGUGUGUCUCACUCACUCUCACGCGCACACACGCACGCACACCAAGCUAACUCUGAUCUGUCUUGUGCCAUUAGGCAAUAUGGUAGAUGGGGACUAAGAAUCCUUACACUCUCUGCGCCCCUCCCUUUCCUCCCUUCCCAUCUCCAUCUUUGGAUGAAUUAGGUCUGGGAACAUUCACAUGUAUCUGGGGGGGUGGGAGGACUCUCUCUCUCUCUCUCUCUCUCUCUCUCUCUCUCUCUCUCUCUCUCUCUCUCUC